CCAGGGGUUGGCAAGCGUGUUUGAAAAGAAAUAAAUAAGCAAAGCGACCAUGAAGUGACAAAUAAAAGCUGAAGAAACACAAUGCUGAGGCUCUAGGCGGUGAAAAUCAAGUGUAACGUCGUCGAUCGGUAGACAAGCCUCGAUAAUAGUGAUACCGGCGUUUGUAUCACGGCUAAGAAUUUCCACGGCCGAAGGCAUGCGGACCUCGGUAAUCCGGGGCUUUACGGGCUGACGUUUCGGUCUCUCGACCCUCGCGACUCGGAACUGAAUCCGCCGUCGAGCGGAGCGUUUUACCAUCGACUCGGUUCUCUCAGUGCCUGUAAAACCGGAUAAUAAACAACUCUCAGUGUGGAGAAGUGCGGCGUGUCUGCGUGAAGCGAAGCUAUUUCAACCUCCAUCCUCGCAUCAGGUGAUUCCUCCCCCGCGCCCCAGCCGAACAAUAACACUCUGCUGGCCGAAGGCGAAGCCAAAACAUGCUUCUGGUUGAGGACACGCUGCUGCCUUGAUCAGCGCACACUGGCCAUGCUGCUCAGUGGUGAAAGAGUAUCAGCAGCCGUUUGACGUCGUCGUCGCUCGUCUCCGAUAAUACGAAAAUGAAAACGGAGAAAAAAUCGAGCGAAGCAACGUGCGUUACGACCACCGUCGUCAAGGAGGAACCUGAUACAGAUUCGGUUAAAAUAAAAGAGGAGUCCGGGGUAGCGGGAACUGGCAAUAAUGAGAACACCAUCAGGGAGGAAUCGACGGAAUGCCAAAGGGAUUCAAACAUCGAUCCCAAUCACACGGAUGGCACUAUGUCUCAAGAAAAUCAAAAUGGUACCAAUAAUCAAUCCAUACUUGGCUCUGUGAAACAGGAAAACGAACAGAACCACCCUGGCGAUGAUCUGCAAAAUGACUGCGCAGCAAGCGUUGGACUCACGUCCGACGGCAUUCAGCCCCUAGUGAGCAAUGUGCUUGCCAAGCAAAUGGGCACUGGCACAGGCGGAGGGGAUGCUCAGUACAUGCAACAGCAGAGCCAGAUAUUUGUAUUCUCUACAAUGCUGGCAAAUAAGGGCGCAGAUGCGGUUUUGCAGGGACAAUUCCCAUCGAUAAUUGCUUAUCAUUGCGCACAGCCAGGCACCAAGAAGUAUCUGGAGGUACGUAGGCAGGAUCGUCACAAAUCUGGAAAGUCAGGAAAAGUCAGGAAACACCCCAGCAAGGCGAACCAGUUUAGACCGAACCCUGCCCAAUGGUUGAACAAUCUAGCGAUGAUGAAGCAGAAAGGCCAGCAAGGAGGGCCGAACAGUGCUUUCCCCACCGAGCAGCCUCCGGAUCUUCCUGCGCUUGAGCCAAAUGCUCCUCCGUUUUGGAACGAACAAAGUACAAUCAGAAACUUGAAUGGCAGUAGCUCAAUGGGCAACCCAGACUCCUCCCUCGACGAUAACAAUAUCGAUGUGCCUUGCCUUGUGCCGAACUCCCCCAACAAUUCAGGUAAUUCUCAGCCACCAACUAGCACUGCGUUGGGUCACAGCCCAAGCCUUCUGGGGGCACCGAACAGCCCUGGUUCCUCAGGUCUGCAGCCUUCUCUGCAGGGCGUUAAGGUACCUGACGAGAAUUUGACCCCUCAGCAACGUCUGCACCGUGAAGAACAGCUUGCUACCAUAAGAAAAAUGCACAUGAUGCUUUUCCCCGAGCGCAAAGAUGAAGGCCCUGCUGCUGGCGGCUUGGAACCUACCCAGGGGGCUCCUCAGACACCUGCACAAGGCGCGGCGAGUGUUUCUAGCGGUCCUUUAGCAGGCCCUCCAGCCGUUGACUGGCACAAAUUGCAGCACCACUUUUUUGAUGGCAAAAAUAAGGUAGGGGUAGGCAGUCCUAAUGCUGCAACUUUGAGAGGGGCAGGCAUCGGACCGACGCCACGUGGCCAAGGACCUCCGCCUCCUUAUCACCAGACAACGAGGUCGGCAAGUGUGCCGAUUGCCAUACAGAGUCCAAACCCGUCGUCACCCAACAAUCCGACAAGCAACUUAUCUCUUCCUUCGCCGCGUGCUAGUUCGGCCCUGAAUUCCCCGGCGGAUUGCAACAGGCAAUUUCAACUUGGAAACAAUGUACAAAGACCUGGACAUCUCACUGGCCAGAGUCCUACGAGUCAGGAUUCUCCCAAUCCUGGAGCUGGCCCUCCUACUGGAGCACCAGGGCCUAGACUGAACCACAGUAACCCUGGCACCCCCAUCUCACAUUCACACCUCACUGCCCUCAGUCCCAAUGGAGUCACAGCUCAAAAGGACACCCUUGACUUUCCAUCUAGUCAACCAUCCACCACAAUGGAUGGUAUGUUUUGCCGAACGUUGCAAUCGCUGGCACAGCAGAAACAGCAACACGGUACAGCUGUAAACGCGAGCGGUGUCAAAGAGGCGAAUCUGAUGCCAGUACCCAGUCCUCAGCAAAUCCAAUAUCUUAACACCUUCGAGGGGCAGGAACUCACGAUACAAAAACAGCCAAACACCAGUCUUAAAGACACGAGUUUGCCAACGAGCACGAGCAAUAGCAAUAAUGAUGUGCAAAACAGAAUGAUGUCCGGAAAUAUGGAGAGCAGUAGCCAAUUCCCAACCAGAUCGGAAGGUGCGAGUCCCUCGAUGGAUGGGGUUAACAGGGGGUUCGCGGGGCCUCUGCACAGUCCGCAUACGCCGGGUAGUGCGACACCGCACACGCCGGUCGACUCUAUAAAAAACGGGAAUAAAACUAGUGCAACAACGACUACAAGCGCGCAAAACAGUCCAGCUCCCCACAAUACCAACCUCUCGGACAGCAUGGGGCCCCCCAGGACGGUACCUGCGUCGCCGAACACGAAAGUAGACACUUCUCCUCCAUCUGGCAAAGAGCAGCAACAGCAGCAGCAGCAGCAGCAGCAACAGCAGCAGCAGCAGCAGCAACAACAGCAGCAGCAACAGCAGCAACAACAGCAGCAGCAGCAGCAACAACAGCAGCAGCAGCAGCAGCAGCAGCAACAACAACAGCAACAGCAGCAGCAGCAACAGCAACAACAGCAGCAAUGUGGAAAUCCAACAAGUUCAGGGAAUAGCGGUCCACCGCUGGGGCCAGGAUUUCCAUGUAGCAGGCCGUCAGUGAACGUGAAUCAACCCGCGGAUAACGUUCCGUUAAACCCGAACAACAUCGGCGGUAGAUUAGGCGGUCUUGGAGGAAUGAGCACGAAUCAUUUUGAUCCAAUAACAUCGCUGGCUCAGAUGAGCCAGCAGCUGACCAACACCGCGGCUAGUAACGCCUUAGGCGGUGGUCCGGAUGGUCCUAUGCACUCUGGAAACGCGGGGAUGAUGCCGUUCAAUCCACACGGUAUGCAGCACAUGAUGCAGAUGGGAGAGAUGAAUGGGUGCCACAUGCCCGGGCCUGGCGGUGAGCCCGGUGACGUCGGGGGACUCUGUAUGGGACUCGGUGGGCCGCCCGCCAGCUACAGUCCCACUCCUCACACCGGAAGUCCGGGUAUUAGCAACAAAAUGGGAAACCCCAUGAUGUCACACCCCAUGAUGCACCCUGGUCCUUAUCCCAACGACGGUCACGGCCCUCCGAGACACAUGGGACACGGCCCUGGACCUAGUCCUUACAACGGAGCUAAUGUUCAGGUAAAACCCAGCGCUCCGAAUACCAUCCAGUACCUUCCGGCGCGGCCAAACGUUGGGCACGCGCCACGAGGACCACCGAGCCUCGAUUUCCUUCAGAGGUUUACAAAUCCGUUAUCGAAUCUUGAGUCGAAGAUGCCUACGCCGUCUGUGAACCUCCAGUAUUUUCCAAAUGGAUGCGUGCCCAACAAUAUGGGACCACAUUCGGGAAUGUCGAACGUUAUGGGAGGGCUACCGGGUAUGGGAGGACCUCCGCGAAUGGACGGACAACCAAUGAACAAUUCUGUCGGUGUUCAUCCCUCGAUGAGACCCGUAGGGAAUAUGAGACCACAGCCGAAUAUUAUGCGCAUGCAGCAUAUGGUCGGCGGCGGCGUUUUUCCCGGUAACAUGAUGGAUCCGGACAAAGUCUUCCCGCCAGAAAUGGUUCCUCAGGUACAAAAUCAGCCAAACCCUGGCAUGUACGUCCCUGGGAGCAAGGGAAGUCCCAUGGGCCUCGGCCCUCCCGAUGCCUCGCAGCCCUUGCCGCCGAGCAUGGGAGGCGCGACGAGCAAUUUCAAAAGCAGCCCGUUUGUCGGCGGCGGACCGAGCAUGUCAGACCCGAACUAUGCUCAGCAGUUUCACAACUUUCAGCAGCAGCUUUAUGCGACAGGGACGAGAGGCAGCGGACCUCCGCACCCUAAUCUUCACCCGCCGCCAAACUCCCACUCACAUCAGCAGUUCUUUAUGCCCAAGUAGUAAGUUGAGUUUACUGUACACGUGUAUGUUGUCGUUUUUUUUUUUUUUAUUAUUAUUUUUUUUUUUUUUUUGUAUUUUUGACGGUCGAACGGGUAGGUAUAGAUUUGUCCUGGGAUAAAAGGCAAUUGAACGAGAAAAAAAAAUGGGUGGAAGAAAUAAAUAUGGUGUAAGUUUACAGAAUCUACCCCACCGAGACUCCGACUCAACUUGUAAGAAGCGGCAUAGAAUUACUCGGUCUGAACUUCUUUCAAUUUUCCAAUUCUUUACUGACUGUUGACAAGGAUAUGACGUGCAUAGUUUUUAAAAUUGCUCAAAACCCGAUUUUGGAUUUCGAAUGAUUGAUAUCUCACGUUGUAGUUUUACUCACUAAUGUAGAUACCGAGGAAUUUUUUCGCGAUCAUUUGGGAUACCGUUCGAGAUCGAAAACAGGGUAAGGCAUACAAAAAACGUAUGUCACACAUAAUAGUUGAUUACUCUGUAUUACAUGGCAGACAUGUAUUGUUUGAAAUCACAACUUUAGGUAACGUAUUUUACCUAUUCACACUCAUACACAUCUACAGUCAUCCAUUUUUCAUAAACAGUCAAGAGAUUAUGUAUAAACAAAGAACGAGAAGGUGAAUUGUACAUAGGAUGAGUGACGAAAAAGGGUCAGUAUUGAAUUGGAAAUUGUUUAUUCUUUCUUGACAGUAACACGAAUGAUUGAUAUACCGGUAAAUAAUUCAGCUCAAAUUUAUUAUUGUACAUAAAGAUACACACGAUAUAAAUACCUGAAGCAACGUUU